UAGACCUACUUGGGGAGGGUACAUUUUUAUCCCAAUCUUUACUUUUUUUUUGGAGGAUCCCAAUCUUUACUUUUAGUUAGUCUCAAUUGAUCAUAGUGGGUACGUAGUUGUUUGUUUUAUUUUAGCAGUGUGUGAACUAGAAGAAGACCAGAGCGGGAAGAGGGUAACAUAGCCCGCAACCGGGCAGACACGGGAGAAUGACGGAAGCAAUACCCUUCAAGAACCUCCAUAACAGAGAAUACCAAGGCCACAAGAAGAAGGUUCAUUCUGUAGCCUGGAAUUGCAAUGGAACCAAAGUAGCCUCAGGUUCGGUCGAUCAAACUGCUCGUAUUUGGAACAUUGACCCCCACAGUCACGGAAAAGCAAAAGAUAUUGAAUUAAAAGGCCAUACAGACAGCGUGGACCAAUUAUGUUGGGACCCUAAGCAUGCUGAUUUGAUUGCAACAGCUUCACUUGACAAGACAGUUAGAUUGUGGGAUGCACGCAGUGGCAAAUGUUCACAACAAGUUGAAUUGAGUGGGGAGAAUAUAAAUAUCACUUAUAAACCUGAUGGGACUCAUAUAGCUGUUGGCAACAGGGAAGAUGAACUCACAAUAUUGGAUGUUCGCAAGUUUAAGGCUAUACAUAAGCGCAAGUUCAACUAUGAGGUAAAUGAGAUUGCUUGGAAUUUGACUGGAGAUACGUUCUUUUUGACAACUGGGAAUGGAACGGUGGAAGUUCUAUCAUAUCCUUCUCUCCGACCUGUUGAAACGCUUAUGGCUCACACUGCUGGUUGUUAUUGUAUUGCAAUGGACCCACUUGGAAGAUAUUUUGCUAUCGGAAGUGCCGAUUCCUUAGUCAGCCUUUGGGAUAUUAAGGAUAUGCUCUGUGUUCGAACAUUUACAAAACUAGAGGGCCCUGUUAGGACAAUAAGUUUCAAUCAUACAGGAGAAUUUCUUGCCUCAGCUAGUGUGGAUUUAUUCAUAGAUAUAUCAAAUGUCCAGACGGGACGUUCAGUUCACCAGAUUCCUUGUCGUGAUGCAAUGAACAGUGUAGAGUGGAACCCAAAGAUGAACUUGCUAGCCCAUGCUGGAGAUGAUAAAAACAAAUAUCAAGCAGAUGAAGGUGUUUUUCACAUUUUCGGAUUUGAGAGCCCGUAGCUCCCUCGCAGCCGGCAUACGUGUCUUUCCAGUUGCCAUUAUAAUUGUGGCCUACAUUACACAAGCUUUGGUGCUACUUAUACUUGGGGAGGGGGAAGUGCUCAAGUGAAUGAGUGAUUGCAGGCAAGUUUAACUUCCAAUGGUAAUUGUGAAGAUGAUAAUCUUAGACAAGGCACCAAUGUGAAAGGAAUACACUGCUAAUUUAAAAGUUCCUAGACAGUCAUGAUGCAAUUUUGAAUGGUUUAACAGUAGCAGCUUUGGUAUAAACCAGGUUCCAAAUUGGUGUCUAGGAAUUGGCAAUCCUGGAAAGACCAAUAAUUUAUGUCAAUUAUUAUGAAUAUAAUGUUUCAACACCCCCUAGCUCUGUAUUAGUUAGUUUUCCAUAGCUCAUCAGCUGCAGCAUGUAUACCAGAGAUCACCCUCUCUGGAAGGAGAAUUUUGUGACUUGGUAAAAAAACACUGCUUUGAAUUUAUGCUCAUAUAAUGGGAUGUCUUUCCAUUCAACAAGCAUGUGUUAAGUAGUUGACCUCAAUGAUUAUGAUUAUUUCUUCAGUCAGUUGUGUAGUUUUCCAAUCA